UCUCUGUGAUUCAGAUUUGAGAAGUGAUAUGGCUGUAUCUGGUAAUGAAGGAUUAGGGCUUGGAUUAGGGUUUAUAAGUUACACUAGAUCGAUGAGUGGUAAGAGGAUUGCUAUUUCUAUCAAUAAUGAAACGGAAUCGACGCCAUUGUUGAAGAAACAGUGUAGUCAGAAAAUGGAUCUCAAUUUCCUAAGAUCUCAGCUCGAAGCUCUGCCUCACGAUAUCCUGAUGAAGAUUCUGUGCGGCGUUGAUCAUGAUGACUUGAAGCAGCUUUUUCAUGUAUCGAAAACUAUUCGCGAAGUGACAUUGAUUGCUAGGAAGAUUCAUUUCGAGUAUAGUACGCCGAGGAAGAUAUUAGGUUUUCGUGAUUUUGAUCAGAUUGGAGAUUUGGAAGAUGAUUAUGAAGCUCCGAAUGCUCCGAAACGGAUUAGGAAUGGGCGGGCGAUGAUGAACGAGAAGAAAUUGGCGGAUAUAUCAGUGGCAUUGUUUGCUUGAUUAUGUUAUUCGUUUGAAGGUAAGAAGGAGUAGGAAUUAGGUUUUUGAUUUUCCUCUUCAACCUUUUCUCAUUGAAGAAGAAGAAGAAAGCUAAUAGUUUGCUUACCUGUGCUUCCUGUAUUCUCUUCUGUAAAAGAAGAACGACCCUAUUUU